GUCUGCCACUCUCAGCCUAGGCUCACAACACUUCAGCCGCAGAUCUUUGGAAGAGGCUUAAGGCAACAGCCUCUCAAGCGCAGAGGUCUCUUCAGCUCUUUCUCUCUCGCACGCUGUCUCCUCCUGCUGCUGACCUUUGGCUUCCAGUGACAAGCAAAGACCAAACCCAGAAGAUUCUCGUCCAGCACACCCUUUUGUGGGGCAUCACUGACGUUGACCAUCACCACACUGGAGAAGAUAUCUGAAGAGAGAGCAUUCGGGAUCCAACAAGUCUCCAUCCUGGAGGAGAAGCCUUUGCCCCAGGGUCCAAGAACUCCCAAACCUCCAGACAAAACACACAGACACCCUCUUUUUCCUGGAGGGUCCAAGGAAAGGUAAUUCUCUCCCUUAAAAGGGUGGGGGGGCAUCCCAUCAAGUGACCUGGCUCCAUGGAAGAAGCUGUGAGCAAUGCUACCGUUUGCAGCCAUGACUUUGGGUUCGAACAGGCCAACGCCUCCCUUUCCUGGCCAAGCGUAUCUGGAAGUGGCCCAGAGACGGUGAUUGUGCCUGUGUUGUUUGGGGUGAUCUUCCUCCUAGGCAUGGUGGGGAACAUGCUGGUCCUGGUGGUGCUUGGCCAUCUCCGGCCAGGUGGGCGCCCAUCACGCAGUGCCACCAACAUCUUCAUCCUCAACCUGAGCAUUGCAGACUGCUCUUUCCUCGUCUUCUGCGUCCCCUUCCAGGCCACCAUCUACUCCCUGCCCGAGUGGGUCUUCGGUGCCUUCUUCUGCAAGUGGGUCCACUACCUGGUCAUGACCACCAUGCUGGUCAGCAUCUUCACCUUGGUGGCCAUGUCGGUGGACAGGUACAUCGCUGUGGUGCACGCCAAACGCUCGCUCUGCAUCCGCAGCAAGCGCAACGCCACCCUGGGCGUGGGGGUCAUCUGGCUCCUGUCUCUGCUCAUCGCCAUCCCGGUGGCUCAGCACCAGGCCCUCAUGAGAGGCCACCGGCAGGCACCCAACAGCUCCUUCUGCUGGGAGCAUUGGGCAGACAACCCUGCGGCCAAGCAGGUCUACAAGGUUACCAUUCUGGUGGUGGGUUACCUGCUACCUCUGGUGCUCAUCACCUGCUGCUAUGCCAAGGUUAUACGCCAUCUUCAAAAGAAGGUGAAGAAUAUUUCCAAGAAGUCAGAGAGAUCCAAAAGAAAGACAGCUCAAACAGUGUUGCUGGUGGUUGCUGUCUUUCUAAUCUCCUGGCUCCCGCACCACAUCAUCACUAUGUGGGCUGAGUUUGGGAAGUUCCCCCUGAACGAUAUCUCCUUCACCUUUCGCAUCAUCGCACACUGCUUAGCCUAUGGGAACUCUUGCAUCAACCCCAUCAUCUACGCUUUCCUGUCGGAGAAUUUCCGCACAGCCUGCCGGCAAGUCUUCACAUGCAAGGGCCUCCUUCAGCCGCCCCCUGCGGAGAAGAUGGUGAGGAUCCGCAUGGAGAACUUCUCCACUUCUCACUCGACAACCAACGUGUGACAUGGGGCGGGGAGGAAGAGCUAUCAGCAAAGGAAGAAACAAGAGAAAUGCAGCAGUGCCCAGAAAUUCCUUGCACAGGCACAGAUACAUCUCAAAAGGGGUGGGGGAAGCAGACCCAUUCUGGAUGUUCCCUCUGUGACAUUAAUGGUACUCACAGGAGCUGUCCAUUCCUCAUCACCACCAUUGCUCAUAAUUGUGGCUUCAGAGCGACAGCUUUCUGAGAUGUUUCCAAUGUUUUAUGGAGGUGUGGCACCUAAAGCUGCUACAGGCUGAGAUUUAACUUUUGUUUACAGCUGAAAGUAAGGGAGCCACUUAACCCCAGCCCCAAAAGAGGAUGCUGAUGUGCAUUUGUAUAGGAACAAAUUUAGAAUCACUGUAAAUUCAACAGAAGUACAAUAUGGGGAAGAUACUGGCCAAGUGACUGGUGGGCCUGCUCAGUCCAGAUGCUCACUCUUGACAGGUAACUUCAAACCCUCCCAGUCUAUCUUUAUUUUUAAACUGGACUUGGACCGCAAAACCCUUCAAAGUAAGGCUUCUUGUGGAGCAGGACACAUUCUGCUUCACUAUGUAUGAAGUGUAGUAAUGUCUUAUGGAAAGAUAUGUCCAUGUGUGAAGUAAGUCUAUUUAGCAGUGACGGAUAAUAAAGGUAAGAGGAUGGUGAAGGAAGACACAUUGGAAGGCAAUUGUUGCUAUGGAUCCAUAGUGCUAAAGCUCACUUUUAUCUCCACCACCUCAUUUGUGAAAGGCUUCCUUGAUUAUAUCAUGGUCAGAUGUUGCAUUGCACAUACCAAGACAUUUUGAAUUUUUGGCCCAAGAUAAUUUUGCCCUUUUGAUACAGAAUGUACACUGGCAUAGUCACUCUUCUUUGCAUAAUUUAUUUAAAAAACUGAUCUGUAUUAUUUAUUCUGGUUUGGGUAUUAAUAGGAAGGAGCCAGUUAGGGCACUGAUGCCUCCCUCUCAACCGCUGAAAAUUAUUUCAGCUACUUUUCUGGGUUCUGAUGUUUCAGCAUGCCCUGCCUGAAUACUGGUAAGUAUAUCUUCAUAGACAUAAGGACUAGAAACUUGUUUCUCCAUCUCCAAUUAAACAAACAAACACUUUGAUUUGCAGGAAGCAGAAAUCUGCUUCUAAUACAUUUUGCUUCCAAUGCCAUCCUCUGUGCUUAUUCCAUAUCCUGCAGAAAAGGUUGCCCAGGCAUAGCCCAGAUGGCCCAAUUAAUAUGUCUAAGUGGCACAUUUAUCAUUUGAAACACAAUGUGCAUAGCUUCAUUUGUGAAAAGUGUUGAUGUGACACCAGCUCCCUGCACAGUUCUGACAACAUGAACAAGUCUAUCACAAACCUCUGCUUUUGUGUUGGUGUUGCUCAAAUCCAAGGACUAUGUUCAGAGCCCCCUGGAGGGUAAAAAUUAAAUAGAUCAAUCUCUACAAUCAGAAAGAGAGUUUGAUCUGAUUCCACCUUGCCAUGAAGACCUGUGUCCACAUAGCUGUGUCUCCAAAAAGUAACCAUGCUGUGUGUAAUAUUCCUGCCCGAUCACUGAGGUCUUUGAGAGAUUUUCUAGUGGUACUCCCAUGGUUCAGAUGAAUGGCUUGUAGUCUCCAGGAGCCAUGCAUUCAGUACUGUUGACCCAGUUUCAUGGAACUUCCUUUCAGUUGAGGUCAAGCAGGUCUGCUGAACUUCCGGCACCUACUGAAGACUUUUUUUAGUUCAGCAGGAAUUAUGAUUUUACAGUCUUAAUUGAUUUUUGUCAUUAUUGUGCUGGUUUACUUGAAAGGAUAGAAUGAUAGAAUUUGAAGGGACCCCAUGGAUCAUCUAGUCCAACCCCCUGCAAUGCAGGAAUAUGCAUCCAUACAGGGAUCAAACCCGUCACCGUGGUGUUAUCAGCACCAUGCUCUAACCAACUGAGCUAACCAGCUUGUACACAGCUUAGAGACUAUAGUAAUCAUGAUAUAAAAUGGCAGGUGCAGACCAGAUCUGGCUAAGAUCCGGUAGGGCAUGGGAGAGACAACAGAGGGGGAGAGGCAACAAGAAUAAUCAGAAAAUAGGAGAAUGGUAGAGGCACGAGGCAACACAUCAUGAAUGUUAAGAAAAUGUCAUAAGACACAUGUAUGCUUUGUGCUGAGCUUCAUUAUGGUUUCCGUAAGGCACCAAUCUCUCUUUCUGUUCAGAGGCAGUGCCUGCAAACUGUGUGAUUGAAUAUGUAUAUAUUUUUAUUUCAUUCUGCGAACCGCCCUGAGACCUGCGGGUAUAGGGCAGUAUAUUAAAUAAAUGAAUAAAUAAAUAAAUGUUCAUGUAAAAAACACACACCUGUUACUGUGCAUUAUCUCAAUGCAUCAGACUAACCACCAGGCUGUGUGUUUUUUCCUACACUGUGUUGCUGUCGUAAAAAUGAGAAACACCAUCGUGAUUAGCCUGCAGUGGGAAUGUCCUUUGCUUCACUCUGCUGUGCAAAAUUGGAAAACACUGUAUUAAAACAUUGUGUGACUCCAUGUU